GAGAGCUGGUCGCUGUUGGGGCUCGUUUCGGUGCUAGUCGCGCUCGCUCUCCUCGACGGGGAUGUUCCGCGGGAGUCGGAGGAACGAGCCGCAUUUUUCGGCAGCCGCCGAGACAGAGCAGAGGCCUGUUUUUCUCUCAGCAGACUCCAGAGGAGCUGCUAUGGCUUAAGGAAAAAAAGGACGCCGGGUUAAGGGGCAGGCAGCAGCGGCAGAGAGGCGCGUGGGAAGGAGGCACCAUGAGUUCAGCCGAAAUUAAGAAGCCACCAGUGGCCCCGAAACCAAAAUUUGUGGUGGGACAUAAAGUAGUGCCACCUCCUGUGGCACCAAAACCAGAUGUUGUUCUUGCAGAUGUUUUACAACCCACAAAGAAAACGAAACCAGCAAUAGCACCAAAACCAAAGGUUCUCAAAUGUUCGUCAGUUCCUGAGAUUAAAACUGUGCCAUCACCUUUAAGGAAAAAUUCCAAGAGUUUAGAAGAAUGCAAAAUAGACUCUUCUGAGUACUUGGUUCAUUUGAAUUACAAAAAUGGAGCCCCAAGAGAAAAUACUGCUUAUAUUAUAUCUGUGUGUUCAUGCAGUUUUGAAUGCAUGCAUAAAUUUGGGAAUGGGGAGAAUACUUGCAAAAAUCCAACCAUUUUUGAACAGCUGGAAAACUUAGAGAACAUUGAUAGAGCUGAACAACCAUCAUCAUCUCUGAAAUCUAGAACAAUACUUGAUAGCCAUAAUGGUAAAAGUAUACAUAAAAAUAGGGUAAUUUUAAAGGCUAAUUUUUUAGAUGAAAAGCUCAAGGACGUUCUAACACAAAGUGUAUGCCCCAACAACAGCUGUUUGAAGCAAACACCUUUGAACAAAUUUGAAAAAGAUAACAUGAGUAGUUAUAAAAGGGACAUUAAAAUUGAGUUUACAGACCUGGUUUCACCAUCGUCCAGUUUUGAGGAAAUGAUGGGGAAUUCAAGCAACCAUACAGAGAUACCUGGUAUCGAGUCUGAAAUGUCAGAAAAUCCUCUUUUGACUGAAAAUAUCAACAGUUCCUGUUGCUCACUUGACACAGCACCUUUGGAAAAAGUUGAUAUUAGUGAUUUGAACACAGGCAUCUCCACAAAAGGGACUGAUGAGUCUUUAUCUUCAUUAAGAGUAGGCUCUGCACCAUCCCCUAAAUCUGCCCCAGUUCCAAAACCAAGAAAACUGCGUGCUGCUCCAUGUCUAAUCCGGCAAGAUGGCAUAGAUAUCUCAGGAGAAGGAACAAAAGAACUACUUGCUUCAGACUGCAGUUCUGCUGGGCUUUCCGAGUGUGCUGUUAGAAAAACUACAAAAAUUAAUGUUCUUUUUCAAAGUGUUUCCUAUAACAACCGAGAACUUAUACAUGCACUUGAUAAAUCGGAGAGUCCUUCAUGUGUUGCUGGAAAAAUGAUUCAGGAGGCAGAAUCUGCUGAAUCUGAAGAAAUGAUCCAGCAAAAUGUCUUGCCUGAGGUUCUACAUGAAAGCCCUCACCUAGCAGGAAAUGUUGAACAAUCUUUAGACCUUAACUCAGUAAAUCCUGCUGACAAUAUAAUGGAACAUAACUGCUUGUUGGCUGCUAAUGACAAAAAACCUGGAUUUAUAAGGUGUAGUAAUCUUUCCAUGAGUUUGCCUAAGCAAGUGAAAUUAUCAUGCAACCAGCAUAUGCCUGCCUUUGAGAGCCUAGAUGAUUUUGCACAAGAGAAGGAACAUAAAGUUGCUGAACAUAAAGAUGAAAGUUCAUCAAGAGUUGUUCCUAAGAAGCCUCAAAGGCACAGCAUCCCCGCAGCUGGAUUAUUGAAAAAAGCUGCAUCAGAGGAACUGAUAGAGAAAAGUGCCUACCUUACUAGUGAACAGAGAGAUUUAGAUCCUCCCUUGGAGCGACCUCGUAUAAGGCAUUUAUCAGCCAAAGAACAAAGCACAUUGCAAUCCUGUGAUACUCCAAAGUUGUCUUUGGAGAGGCCUGUCUGGAAAUUACCUCAUCCCAUUCUUCCAUUUUCUGGCAAUCCGGAAGCCUUAAAAAACACCAAGAAUGCAAAAAACACUCAACUUGCAAGUGCUGUGACAAAACCUCGAGCCAAAUCCUUGUCUUCUGUAGAUAUGGACAGAAUACACAAGCCCCCAAAAGAGCCUCAAAAGAAAUAUUCACUAAAGAAAUUCCUAAAUAUGAAGCUGUCUGUUUGCUUAAUGAAAAGUGACUUCCAGAAGUUUUUGACCAAGGGUAGCCAAUCGGCGGAUAACGGCACUGUUACUUUUUCCAAUGAUGAAGCGCGUGGCAAAACUCGGAAUGUAGCUAGUGCAACAAAUGGAAGAAAAACUAAACCCACAAAGGCACAUUCUGCAGAAAUGGGCAGCCUAUCCUCACAAAAGGGAAAGCAGAGGUCCAGGGGUCAGGAGGAAUCAACAAAUAGCCAGAGAUCACAGUCCUUAGAUGAACAGAGUUUUUUAUCGCAAGGACAUGUGAAUUCUCUUACUCAUGACUAUGUACCAGAAUAUGAAAAUGUAAGCCAUUAUGAAGAAAUCCCAGAGUAUGAAAAUUUACCUUUUGUGCCAACUGAUAAAAAUCCACCUUUUGAGUGGCACAAUUCUAGCAGUGCUGAAGACCACGAUGCCGAUGUGUAUGAGGUGCAAGAACUGUAUGAUGCAACAAGGAGCUGCUCAGAGUUUAGCAGGUCCUCAGUAGAAGUACUUGAUGGCUCUGAUUUGGCGUUGGAAGAUGAACAUUCAGAUGAUGAGAUGAUACAAAGAGAUGUUGAUAGCUCUGAUGACGAUGAUGACACAAAUUCAGACUCUAGCAGAGGAGAGCCUGAUACACAGGAAAAUAAGCAGAUUAAAGCAGCUGGGAAGAAAACAAAAGUUUAUCAUAUUGCUAAAGAAAUAAUGAGCUCAGAGAAAGUGUUUGUAGAUGUUCUGAAGCUUUUGCACAUUGAUUUCCGGGAUUCAGUAGCACAUGCUUCCAGGCAACUUGGAAAGCCAGUCAUUGAAGACAGGAUCCUGAAUCAGAUCCUGUACUACCUACCUCAACUGUAUGAGCUUAAUCGGGACCUCUUGAGAGAACUUGAAGAGCGGCUGUCCCACUGGAUUGACCACCAGCGAAUUGCUGAUAUAUUUGUGAAAAAAGGACCAUACCUAAAGAUGUAUUCAACGUACAUCAAAGAAUUUGAUAGGAAUGUAGCUCUCCUAGAUGAGCAAUGCAAGAAGAACCCUGGGUUUGCUGCUGUUGUUCGAGACUUUGAGAUGAGCUCCCGCUGCGCUAACUUGGCACUGAAGCACUAUUUGCUCAAGCCGGUUCAGAGGAUCCCCCAGUACAGGCUGCUUUUGACAGAUUAUUUAAAGAACCUCUUAGAAGAUUCAGCUGACUUCAGAGAUACUCAGGAUGCUCUUGCUGUUGUGACAGAAGUGGCCAACCAUGCUAAUGACAUCAUGAAACAGGGAGACAACUUUCAGAAACUUAUGCAGAUACAGUACAGUUUAAAUGGUCAUCAUGAGAUUGUACAGCCAGGGAGGGUCUUUUUGAAAGAAGGAACGUUGAUGAAACUGUCCAGGAAGGUUAUGCAGCCGAGAAUGUUUUUUUUGUUUAAUGAUACUCUGCUGUAUACAACUCCCAUACAGUCUGGAAUGUAUAAACUCAACAACAUGCUGUCACUGGCUGGAAUGAAAGUUAGAAAGCCAACCCAUGAAGCUUACCAGAAUGAACUGAACAUAGAAAGUGUAGAGCGAUCUUUCAUUCUGUCAGCAAGUUCUGCCACGGAAAGAGAUGAAUGGUUAGAAGCCAUCUCCAGGUCAAUUGAAGAAUAUACAAAGAAAAGAAUCACUUUUAACCCCAGUAAAAGUAUUGAAGAGGCAGACCCAGAAAAAGAGACCGAAGAUAGUCCCAUAGGGUCAAAGGCGCCAAUCUGGAUUCCUGAUACUAGAGCUACCAUGUGUAUGAUCUGUACUAGUGAGUUCACACUCACAUGGAGAAGACACCAUUGCAGAGCAUGUGGGAAGAUAAUCUGCCAAGCUUGUUCAUCAAAUAAGCAUGGGCUAGACUAUAUGAAACAUCACUCUGCAAGAGUAUGUGACUAUUGCUUUAAUGAGUUACAAAAACAGGAUAAGCUGAACACACCUCCUAAAAAUGGUUCCCCAGUAAAUCACAGAACUCCGUCUAGCACCUUAUCCACAGUGUUGCACAGUAUCCCAUCUGGAAGAAAGCAGAAAAAGAUCCCAGCUGCUCUUAAGGAAGUAUCUGCAAAUACAGAAGAUUCUUCAAUGAGUGGCUAUCUAUACAGAUCAAAGGGCAGCAAAAAACCGUGGAAACACCUGUGGUUUGUGAUAAAAAAUAAGGUGCUCUACACAUAUGCUGCUAGUGAGGAUGUGGCUGCAUUGGAGAGCCAGCCUUUAUUGGGAUUUACAGUUGCUGAAGUCAAAGAUGAACACUCGGAAUCUAAACUUUUCCAUUUGCUGCACAAGAAUACUUUAUUUUAUAUAUUCAAAGCGGAUGACCCCCAUUCAACACAAAAGUGGAUAGAAGCUUUUCAAGAAGCCACAAUAUUGUAGCAUGCUUGCUUUGUUACUUAAAGGAAAUAAAGUCCGAUGACAAGGUCAAUACUAUGGUUCUGUUUAUUGAGGAGUCAUCAGAUUUUACAAACAUCAACCUAAACAAAGCUGGAUUGUUCACUGGCGUAACGUCUUUGUUCAGGAGUAAUAAUUUUUAAAGAAAUGUGUAUACAUGUCUUUUUUGUCAUACAAAAAGUGUUAUUUAUUAAAAACUUUGUCACUGUUUUACUUAA